CAACCAUGACAGCAGGAGCCACCUCUGGAUCCCGGGUCUCUCCUCUGUGCAAAGGCCCUGAGGCAGGAGCAGCUCAGUGUGUGGGAAGAGCAGUCCGGAGGCGCGUGGCGAGUGCAGAGGAGGGUGGCGGUGGCACGACGGGCCAGGGCUGCGGAGACCGGGAGGGGACCUCUGCGCUGGGUGCUGGGGGAAGGCUCUGCGUUGCCCAUGGCUGGCCAGGACCCUGCACUGAGCACAAGCCACCCGUUCUACGAUGUGGCCAGACAUGGCAUCCUGCAGGUGGCAGGGGACGACCGCUGCGGGAGACUCAUUGUCACCUUCAGCUGCUGCCGGAUGCCCCCCUCGCACGAGCUCGACCACCAGCGGCUGCUGGAGUACCUGAAGUUCACGCUGGACCAGUACGUGGAGAACGAUUACAGCCUCGUCUACUUCCACCACGGCCUCCACGGCGGGAACAAGCCGUCCCUGGGCUGGUUGCAGAGCGCCUACAAGGAGUUUGACAGGAAGUACAAGAAGAACCUGAAGGCGCUCUACGUGGUGCACCCCACCAGCUUCAUCAAGGUCCUCUGGAAACUCUUCAAGCCGCUCAUCAGUCACAAGUUUGGGAAAAAGGUCACCUAUUGCAGCUCCCUGAGAGAGCUCCGGGAGCACCUCCAGUGUGACCAGCUGCCCAUCCCCCAAGAGGUGCUGCGGUAUGACGAGAAGCUCCGUGACCUGCACAGGGGGCUGCCGCCUCCUGAUACCAAGAAGCCACCGCCCCGGCCACCUCUGCCCACCCAGCAGUUCGGCGUGAGUCUGCAAUACCCAUACGCCUGCUCUGGCCGUGGAAGACGAGGCUGCUCAUCCCACAGCUCUGGGAAGGUCGGGUCAGCUACAGGAUGGCCACACCAGAGCGCACCUCAGAGACAAGAAUCAAGGAGCGCUCAUCCCCCCGGUGCUGUGGCUCACGGUGACCUACCUGCGGGAGAAAGGUGGCCCCUCCACCUAGGGGAAGAGUCCCUGAAGCCAGAGCAGCGCAAAUGGGGUCGGCGUGACCUCUCCAGCCACGGGUGGGCCCCACCACCUGCCCCGUCACCUCCUCCUGCCUCCAGUGUCACUUCAGCCGUGACCCGCGGGAGCCCCAGCAGGACCAGUCCCACACAGAACGCGAUUGACCCGAGGCCUUGUCCUGGGCUCUGCAUUUCAUGGGUUCACCCAACGGUGGUGCCCACACGGCUGGACGCAGCACGAGCCCCUGGCCCUCUGCCCUCCUGGCCAUGCAGCGUGGGUCCCCUCUCCGCAGGCCAGCUUGGCCGUCUCUGGAGAACCUGCUCCCACAUGAGGUGCCUGAGAGUCCGUCCUGGCUGCACGCCAGGUCCUGGGGCCUGCACUGGGGGGACAGACGGGCAGCUGUGGUGACACCGCCGUGCCCGAGCCCUGGCGUGGCCCUCCGUGUGACAGUGGGCAGUGGGCCUUCCCGCCUGCACCCCAGCCAGCCCACCUCCUUGCUUUCUCUGCCUGUUGACGUAAGGUCCAGCCUCGGGGCCUGUGUCACCUGCCCCUCCCAGGCAGAACUGUCCGUGUCCCUGACACCCAUGACCCUGGCUGCCCGCCUCCCACCUGCACUGGGACCGCCUGAUGCGUGUGCAGUCCCCGAGCACCUGGGGGAGGAGCCCGGGUGUCCACAAGGUGGCAGCUGACCUGAGCUCGGGAGGAGGGACGGGAUGGCCGCCCACUGGGGGAGGGGUGCUGCCCCACGAGGGGUGCCGAGGCCGCGCCCGCAGCAUGAAGGUGGGGUGGUGGGGAGUCAGGCGUGGCUCUCAGCUGCUGCCGGGCGCCUUCUGGGUGCUGUGUCCCCUGCUGGGAAGGCUUCCCAGUGGCAGGUGGGGCGGGGCCCCGUCACCCGGCUGGUGAUGUCGGUGGCAGGAGGCCCACCCCCCGACCUUGUCGCUAGUUUCAGGACCCCCUGGUUCCGUGGAGCCCGUGGCCGUCUGUCCACCCCAUCUGCACUGGCCGGGAGCUCUCGGAAGUGUUGUGUGUCUGCAGCGUCCCGCGUGGCUCCAGCAGCAGUGGCCUGAGGGGUCACUUCAUAUGUAGCUCGUGCAAUUGAGCGACUGGGCUUUUUAUUCUGUUCAGUUUUAACUGAUGAAUUCACACUUCGAUCACUGUGGGCAGCUAGGGCCUGGACCUCAGGGGAAGCUGCUUGUUCCAGGACUCCCAGGAGCCAGGCACAUGCCAGGCAUGACUGGUCCUCUCUGCAGCCCUGGGGGCAGGACCUUGUGGCCUUGCCCUACUGGCCAACAGGUCUGUUGAGGCUCAGAGAGACUGAGCGCAUUCUCCAGGGUCACACAGCUGGUAGGAGGCAGAGCUGGAUGGGAACCUAGGUCUGUCUGACUUCAGCAUCUGUCCCUUUCUGUCCCUUGCCAGGGCCAUAGAGGGAGAAAAGUGGGAGCUUGGGAUAUUGAAAACACUUAAGAGGGAUAAGUGAAAUCACAGGAGGGUUAGUGGGCUGGAGCAUCCCCUGCCAGGCACAGGCAGGCAAGGCCAUGGGAGGCGGGGUCACAGAAACGUCCAGAAACCCAGGUCCUGGCUCUUCUCCCUGCAGGACUGCGCACCGAGGGCCUGUUCCGGAGGUCGGCCAGUGCCCAGACCGUCCGCCAGGUCCAGAGGCUCUAUGACCAAG